AUGACCGAACCAAUUUUGCUCGGGGUCGAGAAGGUUGAGCUAUCACCAGAACCCCACCGCAAUACUAGUAGCGUCCGGUGGGGCUAACAUCAGGGGAAAUGAUAGAAUGUCGCCCUCAUCACCCUCAACCGGCCCGAGAAGCUCAACGCGCUAACCGGGGACCUAUACUUCGACCUCGCACAGGUAAUGCUGAAGGUAGCCGCCAUGGAGGAGGUUACAAUAACGGUGCUGACGGGAACGGGACGGUGCUUUUCAGCGUGAGAUACCCCGCUUGGUUCUCCGGUCCGGCUGGCCACUUAACGACUUGUUGAAUGACUGACUCUUGGUGGCGUAAAUUGUGCAGCGGAGCGGACGUGUCUUCGACGUUUGAUGAUGGGAAGGGUGACAAUGAGCGGAAACAUUUUUUGAGACGAUGUAUGUUGCCGUGGACGGAUAUCGGACAUGCGCGAUGGGUGGGGGCUGACAGGUGGGCGUAGUCGCGGCGAAUAAUAUGGAGGUUACCAAGGCCUUCUUCGAGCACCCAAAGAUUCUCGUCGUGGCGCUCAACGGUCCUGCUGUUGGUUUUUCCGCGGCGCUCGUAGCUAUGGCAGACUUCGUAUAGUAACCUUCCAUCCCCUUCCCUCCCUCCCUCCCUCCUGCGACCGCCGCUGAGGCUCACCUAUCCCCCCAGUGCCACGGAGGGGGCCUUCAUCCUAACCCCCUUCACCUCCCUCGGCCUUGUCGCCGAGGGCGGGUCCAGCUACAUGUUCCUCCGGAGGAUGGGCAUGGCAAAAGCACACGAAGCGCUAAUCCUCUCUAAACGCAUUCCAGCUGCUGACCUCGUCGCCUGCGGCUUUGUCAAUAAGGUUUUCCCGGAAGAGGGCUUCCGCGAGAGGGUUUUGGAGUUUGUGAAUGAUGCUAUGGGGGACCAUCUAGUUCACGGGAGUAUGCUUGGUGUCAAGAAGCUGAUAAGGGAUGGUAUGAGGAAGGAUCUUGAGAGCGCGAGUGUUCGGGAGGCGUUCGCGGGGCUGGAGAGAUUUUUGGGUGGGGUUCCGCAGGAGGAGUUUGUGAGUUCCCCUCCCAUAAUAACUACUUUGUUUGAUGGAUGGGCGCGUUACUGACGGGGUUGAAGGCGAGGGUCGCGAGUGGGCGGAAGAAGCAUAAGCUGUGAGGAGUGAAUUUUUGUAUGAUAUCUAGUGGAAGUGGUGGUAGAAGUGUUGACGGAGGGGGAGGGAGCCGGGCGUUGCGUUGCGAUACCUGUAUUUUACUGCUCUUUGCAUCCCAGAUGUAUAGAUUCGGAAUCGAGUGCGCGUUCCUAUGGAAUGGAGAUGUGCCGCUGAUGGCCUAGAUCAAAUUGUUUGGCUCCGGAGGGUCUCCAUUCGAU